UUACAAGACUCUACCCACCAGUGACUAAAAGAAGGAAGAGUCUCACAUUGCCUGUAAGACAGCGUGCCGGGUAAAUUUGCCCUCCUACAUUUCCUGGUUUUCCGUUUUAAGAUGAUGGCCUGCUUUGAAUCUGAAAAUGUGGCUUGCGCCAGGAUAAUUUCCCCAACAACUGACCCUCGAAGUUUACUACGUAGCCUCCGCAGGGCACAACUCUCGUAAACACGUUCAUGAACAGUUUUCCGAGAAUGGAUAAAGUUGAUAUUCUGACUCGCAUCCUGAAGACAGAAAACACCUCAACGAUUCUCAGUGGUCAGUCUCCUGCCAGCGUCAUUAACAGCCGGAAGUACGUACCUGUCACCGCCGACGCUCAGGAUGAUAACCUGGGUUUCCUAGAUGAUGCCAUCCGGACUGCUCUCUGUGGUGAGACCAGAACUGUUGUAGUGGUUGGUCCAGAAGGUUCUGGUAAAACCACUGCUUUGCUCAAGCUUGUUGUCGAUUGGGCUAAUGGAGAAUGCCUUCAAAACUUUUCUCAUGUUUUCAACUUCCAUUUUAGAAAAAUAGGAUCUUCUACAGAUGAACUUUGUUUGGAAACUUUAAUCCAACAAGGCCACCAUCAAAUGCCCCCAAACUUCACACGUCUGGUUACAGAGGAACCUGAUGGCGUGUUGUUUGUAUUUGAUGGUCUGGAUGAGUUUAAGCACAGCCUGGACCCCUCAGUCCACACCCUGACCUCUAACCUUUACCAUCUGGUCUCUGUGUCCUGCUUAUUGGCCAGUCUGCUUCACGGAUCCCUGCUGAAAGGAGCUGCCUUUCUUGUUGCAACCAGGCCCACAGAUGGCGCGAAGUUCCUCAGCGGGAUUCGGAUGGAUGUGUUGGGGUUUCAGAAACCGCAAAGAGAGGUUUACUUUAACGACUUCUUCCCUGACCCCACUGCAGCUAGUGAAGCAUUUCUGCACAUAGAAAGAACUCUGGGCAUUUAUGAUUUCUGUGCUUCUCCCAGGUUUUGUUGGACAGUCUGCUCUAUUUACAAGCGGCUUAUUGAUUCAUGUACCAAACCUUCUGAGACUCUGUCUCAGCUGUUUGUGGAUAUUUUGGUCCACCUGAUUCAGACUCUCUCACUGAACAAAGAACGCAGUAGAGGGUUAGUUUUGGCUCUUGGCAGAAUGGCAUCUCACUGCCUCUAUGACCAACAUUCAGGCUGUUCCAAGCACACCAUUGAUUCCUUUGGUUUUGAACACAGUCUCACCUCUGUGGAUGGUUUCUUGAGAGUUCACAGUGAAGGAGAGCUCUCCUUCCACUCCAAACUGAUGCAGGAGUUUGUCUUGGCCGUGGCUUUCUUUUUGGACCCGUCAACACACGGAGACACGGAGAAGAUGCUGGAUAAUCACAAAGGUUGUUCAAAGUUUCUAGAUUUCUUUAUGUCAGGGCUCUCUGAGCCGGUCCAGUACAGAUUGCUGGAAGACUUACUGGGAAUGUUCCGCUCUGAUCAGAUUAAAGGUUUUAAAAGCUGGUUUAAAAGCAGAUCAGAGAAAACACUGAAGAAAUACGACAAAUCUGAACACUACAGAUGUUUCCAUUUGCUGCAUCAAGCCCAGAACCAGAGUUUGGUAAAGGAAAUCCUCAACCCUGCUGCACACUCAUACAUCUUUCAUGAAAACUUGAGCCUCCAGGACUGUGCAGCUCUGAAUUACGUGAUCACAUGUCCGGGUGAAAGGGAAAAGUUGAGCGUGUCCAGAACAACAAUAUUAAGAGAGAUGAUGGAGGUCUUGGCUCCGUCUGUGAGUCUGUCACACACUGUGAUCUUGUCAAACUGCUCCAUUCAUAAAGACUCCAUCCCUCUGCUGGCUUCAGCUGUCAGCAUGGGUGUCACCAGAGAGCUGGAGCUUUCCCAUUCCAACCUCGGAGAUGAAAAGUUGCAAAUUCUCUGUGCGGGAUUAAGAGAGGCCAAGCUGCAUGGACUAAAUCUUAAUGUCUAUGGUCUGACUGCGGCCUGCUGUGGCUACCUGGCCUCCCUGCUAACCUUGGGAGCCUCCCAACUCCAAAUUUUACAAAUGAUGUUUAAUCCGAUCGGCAAUCAGGGCUUCACAAAGCUGUGCAAAGCAAUGCACAGUCCAAACUGCAGACUACAGGAGCUCCAGAUUCAAAGCUGUAAUUUGACGGCAGCGUCCAUGAAGGCUUUUGCAUCAGCUUUGUGUUCUGGUCAAUCACAGUUGACAACAAUCGACUUCAAGGGGAACAUGACUGGUGACGGUGGAAUUGAAGCUUUAUGCAAAGCCCUCCAACAGCCGCUUUGUAAACUGCAGAGCCUCGGCUUGACACGAUGCGAGUUAACCACAGCAGUCUUCGAGAAACUGGGAUCAGUUCUUAAAAAUGGGAUAUGUCAAAUCAAAUCUCUACUUUUAGCCAUCAACAAAGUGGGAGACCAAGGUGUUAAAUAUCUCUGGGAUGCUCUUGCACAUCCAAACUGCUUGUUGGAGGAACUGAGCGUGGAAAUGACCAAAUUGACGGAUGCCUGUGUUGAAGACCUGUGUGCUGCUGUCAGAGCUAGUCAUACCCUGAAACGUCAACUUGAGGCAGAUGGAACUGCUCAUUCAUUAAAGGAAAGAUCCAACACUACAAUCACUGCAUUUAUUGCACUUUUAUCAAUAAAACUUUGGGAUGUUUGACCAUUUAAAUCAAAAAGCA